GUCCACUGCACCAAAAUGCUCUGUAGAAAAACCACGAAGCUUUCCUCUUACAUAAAUAUCUAAAACCCUUAGACACAGUUCACUACUUCGAUCGGUCCGUCGCAGCUCAGCAGUCUCUCGAAAGCUCUCUCCUACAGCGGAAAUGACAAUCAAGAUCGGAAUCAACGGAUUUGGAAGGAUCGGCCGUUUGGUGGCUAGGGUUGCUUUUCAAAGAGACGAUGUUGAGGUUGUUGCUAUCAACGAUCCGUUCAUCAAUGUUGACUACAUGACCUAUAUGUUCAAGUACGACACUGUCCAUGGCCAGUGGAAGCACCAUGAAUUGAAGGCGGGUAAGGAUGGAAAAACCCUUCUCUUCGGUGAGAAGCCUGUGACUGUUUUCGGCAUCAGAAAUCCUGAUGAGAUUCCGUGGGGUGAGACUGGUGCGGAAUACAUUGUGGAAUCGACUGGAGUGUUCACCGACAAGGACAAAGCUGCAGCCCAUCUGAAGGGUGGUGCCAAGAAGGUUGUGAUUUCUGCACCCAGCAAGGAUGCUCCCAUGUUUGUGGUUGGAGUCAAUGAGAAGUCAUACACACCUGACCUCGACGUUGUUUCUAAUGCUAGCUGCACCACAAAUUGCCUUGCACCUCUGGCCAAGGUCAUUAAUGAUAGGUUCGGUAUUGUUGAAGGUCUUAUGACCACCGUCCACGCCAUAACAGCCACUCAGAAGACUGUUGAUGGACCAUCAGCGAAGGACUGGAGAGGCGGCAGAGCUGCUUCAUUCAACAUCAUUCCUAGCAGCACUGGUGCAGCCAAGGCUGUUGGCAAAGUUCUUCCUGCCCUUAAUGGAAAAUUGACCGGCAUGGCAUUCCGUGUCCCUACUGUUGAUGUUUCCGUGGUCGAUCUCACCGUGAGACUUGAAAAGCCAGCUACUUAUGAACAAAUUAAAGCCGCUAUCAAGGAGGAAUCGGAAGGAAGUUUGAAGGGAAUCUUGGGCUAUGUUGACGAGGAUCUUGUAUCCACAGACUUCUUGGGUGAUAACAGGUCAAGCAUAUUCGAUGCCAAGGCUGGAAUUGCUUUGAAUGAUAACUUCGCCAAGCUUGUCGCAUGGUACGACAACGAAUGGGGUUACAGCACUCGCGUGGUUGAUCUGAUCAAGCACAUGGCCUCCGUUCAGAAGUAAAUUUGUCUGCGCGGCUACGGCAUUGCUAAUCUCGGAUGAGUCUUUGUUAGAAUAAAGAGCGCUCUCUCUGUUUAGCGACAAUCAACUACAGUGUGUGGCUUGUUUUUUAAGUCAAAUUUGCUGCUUCAUUUAUAAUCUUAUGAGACGACUGAUGCUCUCUCUAGUUUUUGAAGAAUUUUGUGGAUGCUGUUUUGUCGAAUCUAUGAUAUUUUCGAACCCCUUUCCUUU